AGAGAUGGUGAUGGAGGCUGUGAGGACCUGGAGGAGGUGGUCCUGGUCCUGGUCCUGGUGGUGGGUGUGGGUGUGGGUGUGGGUGACCCUGUGGCCGGGGACUGCCCCUCACCCCAGUUACACCCCGGACUGGGCGAGUCUGGACGCCCGACCCUUACCGGAGUGGUACGACGAGAGUAAGAUCGGGGUCUUCCUGCACUGGGGGGUGUUCUCGGUGCCCAGUUACCGGAGCGAGUGGUUCUGGUGGGACUGGGAGGGUCUGCACAGCCCCGACAUCCUCACCUUCAUGGAGCGCAACUACAAGUCCGGCUUCACGUACCCCGACUUCGCUUCGCAGUUCACCGCCGAGUUCUUCGAUCCGGACCAGUGGGCAGAUUUGAUCCAGGAUUCCGGAGCCAGGUACGUGGUUCUGACGAGCAAACACCAUGAGGGAUUCACCAAUUGGCCAUCCCCUGUGUCCUGGAAUUGGAACUCAGUUGACACAGGGCCUCAUCGAGACCUGGUAGGAGACCUGGCAACUGCAGUACGAAAACGGAACAUCCAUUAUGGAGUGUAUCAUUCGCUGUUGGAGUGGUUUAACCCACUGUAUAUGAAGGACAAAAAGAACAAUUUCAAGACUCAGGAGUUUGUCAUGAGGAAAACUAUGCCGGAGCUGUACGAAUUGGUCAUGAGGUACAAACCAGAGAUAAUCUGGUCAGACGGAGAUUGGGAAGCACCAGAUUCCUAUUGGAAUUCCACUGAAUUUCUGGCCUGGCUUUACAACUACAGCCCUGUUAAGGAUACGGUGGUGACCAAUGAUCGCUGGGGCGUUGGCUGCCGCUGUAAACAUGGCGGAUUCUUCAACUGUGAUGACAAAUACAGUCCAUCCAAACUGCAGAACCACAAGUGGGAAAUGUGCACCUCGAUCGAUAAGAGAUCGUGGGGAUAUCGCAGAAACAUGAAGCUGAAUGAGAUGAUGGACCUUCCGACCAUUCUCAGUAGCUUAAUGGACACCAUCAGUUACGGAGGGAAUUUUCUGCUCAACAUUGGUCCGACCAAAGAAGGCACCAUCGCUCCUGCAUUCCAACAAUCACUACAUGGUCUAGGACAGUGGUUGCGUGUUAAUGGCGAAGCUGUGUACGCGUCGAAACCCUGGCGAGUGCAGCAGGAGAACUCAACGGAUAGAGUGUGGUACACCUCUAAAGGGUCAGCAGUCUACGCGACGUUUCUAAACUGGCCAGAAACAAAUACUCUAACACUUCAAUCACCGGAAGUCACAUCAACAACCCAAGUGACGAUGCUGGGAGUCUCACAACCUCUGAAAUGGAGUCACUCUUCACCUAAAGGCAUCUCGAUCAUGCUCUCCUCCCUUCCCUGGCCCACACUUCCUUCACGGCUGGGCUGGACGGUGAAACUGGAAGGCGUUUUCUAAGCGAGAGAAGCGAUUCCUGCAGCGAAACGCUUUGUGGGAUCUUCCCUUUGCCUUUGAUAAUGUGUUACAUCGUUAGAAUUGCUACAGCAUCACCUGUGGUUGUUGGGUUCUGAACUCUGUGGGAUUUGGCUUAAUCUGGAACUCUGUAUUACAUUCUUAUGACAUUAUAUUACAAGGUAUUACAUUGAUUGAGGGAGGUGAUGUUACGAUAAACAUAUUUGGUAGAGGGCCUGAGCUUUUUUUUCUCCAAAAAUGAUUGUAAAAUUAAUUGCUCAAUGAAGGAGUAUGAUUUAAGGAUUAUGCAACAUGUUAUGUACUGUGAUGUUCCUCACCCCCACCUUAAGACUUACCUCAUUGACCAUAUCAAUUGACAUAAAGGGCUGAUCUUAUUGUUUAUUCACUGGAAAUACUUACAGAGAUAAAAAAUUUGACCAUGUGUAUUGCUUGCUGAUAAUUCUAAAUAAAUCUAAUCUAGUUGAACCGC